AGUGUCACAAUUUUUUAUCUGUGUCUCAAUCGAACUCGUAGAAUUUUUCAUCGUAGUAAAUUAGAGAAAUGAUUAAUCAAAAAUAAUUCUAUUUACAAUAAUCCAAUUUGCGCAACAACCACUGUAGUAUUUACACGUGUGAUUUUCUUUAGAGUGCGUGCGUUCAUCACCCGCGAUCCUUUAGCUGAGACUGCAAAAUGAUCGAAGGGAACAAGGACGAAGCAGAGAAAUGCAUAGACAUAGCUCAGGCUGCAUUUUCUUCUGGAAACGCCGAGAAGGCCGAGCGAUUCCUGUUGAAGGCUGAGCGGCUGUACCCGACAGCUCGUGCUAAGGAGCUGUUGGCGCGGGUGAAGGCCGCAGGUCCGUCUACGGGGACUCCGAACAAGACUCCUCCGAGCAGCCCCAGCGGUGACGAUGUUCGCAAGCGGAAGCCCCCUGCGCACCAGCCGCAGCAGCGCGAGUACACCACGGAGCAGCUGGAGGCGGUCCGACGCAUCAAGACAAAGUGCAAAGAUUAUUAUGAAAUCCUCGGGGUGUCGAAGGAGGCCACAGACUCAGACAUCAAGAAGGCAUACAAGAAGCUGGCGCUGCAGCUGCAUCCGGACAAGAACCACGCGCCCGGGGCUGCGGAGGCUUUCAAGGCCAUAGGCAACGCGGCCGCGGUCCUAACCGACCCUGAGAAGCGCAAGCAAUACGACGUGCGUGGCGAAGAGCCGUCGCACCAGACGACUGGACACACGCAUCAUCAGUACUACGCUCGCGGGUUCGAAUCCGACAUGACGGCUGAGGAACUGUUCAACAUGUUCUUUGGGGCUACAGGUACAAAUGUCUUUGCGUUCCCCGGCGGCGGCGGCAACGUGUACCACCGGCGGCGCGCGCGCGAGCCCGAGGGCCGCGAGACGCACGGCAGCCUGCUGCAGCUGCUGCCGGUGGCGGUGCUGGUGCUGCUGUCCAUGAUGAGCGGCUUCUUCAUCAGCGAGCCCGUGUUCAGCCUGGCGCCGAGCUCCAAGCACCCCGUGCCGAGGGAGACCAACCACCUCAAGGUUCCAUACUACGUGAAGGAAAACUUCCACACGGAGUACCAGGGUUCCCUACGUCGGCUGGAGGCGGCCAUCGAGGAGGAAUACCUGGUGGGGCUGCGGCACGCGUGCCAGAGAGAGAAGAACUACAAGGACAGCAUGACGUGGAAGGCGAGAAACUUCGGCGACUCGCGCCAGCUGUCGGAGGCGCAGAAGCUGCGGACGCCAUCUUGCGAGAAGCUGCAGAGUUUCCAUCGAUAAUCGCGAAACUAAAUCGUCAUAAACCUAAUUUAUGUCUGGAUAAAUGUUAUCUGCGGGAUAAAAUUCAUUCUUACAGUGCCACAAACUUAUCUGUUCCGGUGACAGCUCCCAUAAAUGUCUAAUAUUUUUUCACUCUAUGAGAUUUUAAGUUUGCUCAAAUCAAAGUGGUAAUUCGCCCUUGCGGUUUUAAUAAACCCAUCUAAUAUAUAUUCAUAUACUUAUAAUUUAUAAGUAAGUAAAGAGAUAUGAAUCAAUUUAGUUCGAUUUCACCGGAACAGAUAAGUUUGUCGCACUGUACUCAGUCUGAAGUUGUGUUUUAGGCAGUGACAGCAUGUUUUUUUUAUCAAACAGAUAUGUUUUAAUCUUACUGAAACAGACACAAUUUUUUUUCAAACGUAGUAUUAGCACUGCACCUAAAAUUGAACUUUAUGGUCGAGGUACAGACGUUCAAUUUUCAACAAGCAAAAUCACAAUUUGAUUUUAAAAUGCUAAAUGAAUAGAAAACAAUGUUUUUAUUUACAAAAAGUAUUUAUGUAAAAGUUGAUUCAUUCAUUUUUGAAUUAUACAAGACGCUAACGUUAUUUAUAGUGAUUUGCACCAAACAUUUAAACGAAAUUCUUGCUUUGACAGUAUACUAACUAAACAAGAGAGCAAUAGAUUUAAUUUCGUUUAAAUUAGUGGUGCAAGUCGCCCUUAAAGAAUGAAGUGUUCAUUGCAUUUUAAACUACAUAUACUAUGUAGUAUCUGCGGACUGCGUAUAACCUAUAUAAUAUUGCUGUAUAUAAAAGUAGGAAAAUUUAUAUAUUAAAACAUACGAAUAUGGGACAAAACUAUUUACCUUUUCUUUUAAAAAAAGUUAUGGAGAGAGAAGCAUUUACUUAUCUCAAAAUGAAAGUAUGUGGAAGCAAGUUUUUUGUGUUUACCAUGUUUCUAGAAUCAGUAUAGAUAGAAAAAAUACAUGUAAGUAUAUUAUGUAGCGUUGAUAUUGUAUGUGGGUAGGUAUUUAUAUGACAACCUCUGGCAUUUUUGGUUCCUAGUGGAAAACAUUAUGCAAAGAUAAAAGGUUGUUUAAAUAAAUACUAAUUUUAGGAAAUUAAAAGGGGAUGUUGUUGUAGUCAGAUUUUUGCACCAAUCACACUAAACCCGCACCAUUUCUUAAAAAAUAUAACUGAAUAUUUAAAUGUUUUUUAUCCUCAAUAUUCACAAAUUGAUACAACGACAAAUAUCCACAACAUUUAAGAGAGUACUAUUCCAACCUUUAAAGUUAUCAACUGGUUAUUAAUUUUGAAAGGAAAAUAUAAACAGUAAGUUUAAUAAAUUAAUUUAUUUCAGGAAGCUUUAAGAUAGAAU